AUGUAUUUUGUAUUUGAAUCGGCUGAGAGCGUUUUAGACUGGUUUGAUUGCACUUAUACACAGCAUGAAAAACCGCACUACCAACGAACAAGUUUCACAAUGUGCAACAUCGUUGCAUUCGCGAAUGUCUUUGUUGAAAGCAAAUUGUUUAAAAGCAGAAAGGAGAUAGACAAAAUGUCCUUACCUACACAAAUGACUACAUAUUCAAUUGCAAAGAAAAAAAACAAGCAACUCAAGGUACUGAAAUCUGAAGUUUUAUGUGUAAUAUUACAUGGGAAAUUAGAACACUGA